AUGGGUAAAAUACUCUUUCUUCUAUUCCUAAUAAAAUUUUCGUAUGCUGAGGAAGCUCAAAAAUGCGCAUGGGAUAACUGUCAUGCCACCGAUCCGGAUCCUAACGUCAUCACAGCACAUUUGAUUCCACAUACUCAUGAUGAUCUGGGAUGGAUCAAAACUGUGGAUCAGUAUUUUUGGGGAGCCAAGCCCGAGUUAGUUCCUGUUGGUGUGCAAUACAUCUAUAAUACAGUUGUUGAAGAACUCAUGAAAAAUCCGGAGAGAAGGUUUUCAUUUGCUGAAACUGGAUUUUUGUGGAGAUGGUGGACAACCACUACAGAUAAAAACAGAGAAAAGUUCAAAUAUUUGAUACAAACUGGACAAAUUGAGAUGAUCGGUGGUGGAUGGGUACAGAAUGAUGAGGCUACUUCUCAUUAUGUUGAUAUUCUUGAUCAAAUGACAUUAGGAUUAUAUAGAUUGAGCCACACUUUCGGCAAAUGCGGUAAACCAGUAACUGGGUGGCAGAUCGACCCAUUCGGACAUUCUCGAGAAAUGGCUAAUAUUUAUGCGCAGGUAUUCAGUUUCAGAUUUCCACGUCAUUUUGUUUUUGAUCCAGAUGAAUUACACAUCUCUUUACUUCGCGCGUAUUCACUAUCUCGAAAAGGAGAAUCCGAGAUUUUCACUGGCGCAUUUUUCAAUGACAAUUAUGGACCACCGGAGGGUUUUUGCUGGGAUUCUCUAUGUGGUGAUGAUCCAAUCAUGGAUAAUGAAGAACUGGAGGAAUAUAAUGUGAAAGAGAAAGUUGAUGAUUUUGUAGCGCAUGUCAAGAAACAAGCUGCUCAUCAAGCCACAAACCAGGUUAUGCUUUUGAUGGGAAGCGAUUUCCAGUACACUAAUGCGAAUUCAUGGUACGUCAAUUUGGAUAAGCUUAUCAAAUAUGUCAAUGCUGAUGUGAGUCAAAAAUGUAUUAAGUCAAUUGAAAACAGUAUUUUUCAGGAAUCCGAGAAAGUCAAAGUUAUCUAUUCCACCCCAGCUUGUUACACCCAAGCUGUAAAACGUAGAUCUCCAAAAUUGUCCACCAAAGCUGACGAUUUCUUCCCUUACGCAUCUGGAAAACAUUCCUAUUGGACUGGAUAUUUCACAAGCCGUCCAGCGUUCAAGGGAAUGAUUCGACAAGCCAGCUCAAUGCUGCAAUUGGCAAAACAGUUGGAAGCUCUCGCUGAUUUGAAUCCAAGUAUCAAUUCUCCAGUGACGCGUCUGAAGGAAGCAUGUGGUUUAGUGCAGCAUCACGAUGCAGUGACAGGAACAGCGAAAGAGAAUGUAACUCGAGAUUAUGAAAAACAGUUGGCGCGAGGAAUAAGUGGAUUAGAGAAUGUUAUCAACGACUACAUGGAUAAACUCCAUCCACAUGCGCUCAAAUCAAAUUUGAUUCUGUGUCCACUACUGAAUGAAACCAUCUGUCAGCCAAUAAGUAAUUCCGAUGAAUUUGCUGUAGUGAUAUUCAACUCUCACGCUAGAUAUUAUAACUUCACAGUUCGAAUUCCGUACAAACAUGAAUCAGCGGUAGUUAAGAAUUCCAAAAAAGAAGUCAUAAAAAGUCAGGUAAUAUUUUAUUGUUCGAAAGUGGGGGUUGCUGAAACAUUCAAAGUGGCUCAACUGAAUUCUACAGACCAGUUGCCAUACGAAAUCCAUGCCUUUGUUUCAAUUCCACCAUUAGGAUACUCUACAGUUUUUGUCUCUAAGGGAGAGAGAAAAGUUCGGAAAGUUAGGAAGAAUCCAAGUGGAAAUACAACAAUUACAAACGAGCAUCUGAUUGCAACAUUCGACAACAGAGGAUAUCUAACAUCCCUUCAGAAUAGGAAAACUGGUCUUUUGAAAAGUAUUCGUCAGGAAUUUUUCUUCUAUGAAGGAAUUGAUUCAAAAGAUGACCAACCAUCGGGAGCUUACAUCUUCCGACCAAAAUCUCAGCAGCCAAUUGCAUUCGAUUCGAAAAUUGAGCUGGAAGUUGUGAAGGGCUCUGUGACCAACGAAGUACGUCAGAAAAUUAAUCCAUACGUUUCACAAAUUGUUCGUCUUCCAAAAAACAAAAACUAUGUUGAAUUUGAAUGGAUCGUUGGGCCAAUUCCUAAAGAGUUCAAAAAUCCUGUAACAAAAGAGUUUGUUACGAGAUACACAACGGAGAUCAAUUCUAAGAGUGUGUCGUAUACCGAUUCUAAUGGACGUCAGGUUAUGAAAAGAUAUUUCGAUGGAGCCACUUCUUUUGAUUAUGAUGACACUGAACCAGUUGCCGGAAACUACUAUCCAAUCACUAGUUUUGGAUAUAUCAAGGAUGAUAAAAAUCAGUUCAGUGUGAUCACCGAUAGAGCUCAAGGGAUGAUGGCUAACGAGGGAGUUGUAGAGAUCAUGCUGCAUCGCCGUUGCUUCUAUGAUGAUCAUUUUGGAGUUGAGGAAGCUUUGGAUGAACCUGGAAAAGAUGGUCGUGGUCUGGUAGCAAAAGGAAAGCAUAUUGUUCUGUUCACGGAUCUGGAGGAAUCAGCCGCUCAACUCCGUCCACUUGUCGCUGAAAAUUUCCAUCAGCCAGUGUUGGCGUUCUAUAACAACUCCAAUCUAGAGAAGUUCGAAUUCAAUAGACAACUAGAGUCACCUGAACGUAUUCACGAGUUUCCUCCAUGGCUCAAUUUUCUUACUAUCGAGAUGCUAGAAAAUCGUGUGGACGGUAAAAACAAUGUACUGCUUCGGUUUGAACACAUUUAUCACAAUGAUAGCGCCAAAGCUGCAAAAUACGCGGUGCCUCAAAUACUAGACUUGGAUAAUUUAUUCAAAAGCUUCAAACUUGAUUUUCUGGAAAAAAUGACAUUGGGAGGAAAUAAGAAACUGUUGGAAACUGGCAAAAAUCGUUUCAUUCGCAAAAAAGGAAAUGUUUAUGAGCUUCAUCCAUCUGAAAUUCUCACGUUGAUGUAUGUCCCGAAUGAUUUUUAA